AUGUCAAAUCGUGACAUUUGCAUAACAUUAUCAUUGAUCCUCCUUAUCUACCCAAAACGAAGCUUUGCUGGUUGCAACCGUCCGUUCGCCAUCACCAUCAGACCGGCAAGAGGUUCAAUGCAAGUCUGUGGUGGAGUUCUCCUUCACGCAAGAUGGGCUCUAACGGCAGCUCAUUGUGUUUACGGCAUUGAAACACCGUCAAGCAUCGCCGUGAUGGCAAAACUGACCAAAUUCAAGAAAAUCAUCGUUGAACGAAUCUUCAUUUACGAUUUGUUCGACCCCAAAACAUUAGAAAGCGAUUACAGUUUGUUGUACGUUGGGAAUAAUUUUCCCAAAAUGACUUUCGCUAUGCUUUGUAGCAAAGCACUGUUUUCGUAUCUUUUGGCAAAGGAGCAACGAAACGUACAAGUUGUAACGUGGGAAGAGAAUAACCCGUCUGUUAAAAAAGGACGGUUAAUGGUGGAGAAGUGUCGUCAGGUCGAUAUUCUUGCGUUCGCACAUUGUAGAUUUUUUUUCGCUACGACUUUGAACCCCGAAGUUAUGUUUUGUACAACGAGUGAUAAAAAUGGUCAAACACCUUGUAGAGGUGAUUCUGGGAGUCCCAUUCUUUACGGGAGGGUGGUCUUAGGGUCGAUUUCAUUUGGCGAUGGUUGCAAGAAAUUACGGAGACCUUCAGUCUACAGCAGGAUUGAUCAAGGACUUGGUUUCAUCAAUAGUUCUAUUAAAACACUUGGCUAUGCUUUGAGCACAACCACACUCCCCAAAGAGAAACACCCUGUGUACUACAUUUCAGCAGGAAAUGUUCCUGCAAGACAAACACUCCUAUUUGUGAUUAUUCUUUCAUUAAGUUUCGUGUUAUUAAAGUAA